CAAGGGUUGUUUACAGCGGCGAUUCUCCUGAGCUGAGCUGAGCCCGUCAGAGGAGUCCGUGUGGCCGUUGCACUGCAGCCCAGAGCCGCUGCCCACCCUGCGGAGCCGAGCCGAGCCUGAGGCUGGUGAUGUCGGUCUUUCCAGAUAAAAUAGCCCGAUAAUAACAGUGAUUAUUACAAUAUUCUGUGAUUGCAUCUUGUUUUUCUGUCGACGAGGGACAAAACAGAUCUGUUUUCGUGGAAAAAAACUGAUCUGGGUUUUUUUUUAUUCGUUCGUUCUUUUUCGGUUUGGAGAGAGAAAAAGGAGUAAAACAAGCCGUAGGAGGAUUUAUUUCGACUAAAAACAGAUCCAGCCGGUGGAUGAGCGGAGCGGAGUGAAGACAGGCGGACAGGCAGCGAGGAGAGAGCUGAGAGAAGGAGGGAGAGAGGGAGCCGCUGCUGCAGCUGGUGGUGGUGGUGGUGGUGGUGAAUUUUUUUCCCAGUCGUGGCGGAUAUUUUGGAUGGAGCGCUGUUGGGAGACUAACAAGAGCGGCGCGUUCAUUCAUAGCUGGCCUCGUUCAUUCUCUCUCUGAAGAGACCUCGCUGCUCCUCCUUGCUGCUCCUGCUCCUGCUUCUUAUUCACACGUCGCUGGGAUUCACCACGAACGACCACGGGCCUACAAAUAUACAAAUACACACACAUAUUUACACACACAUAUUCAUACACACGUUGCUAGCUAACGCUACGCUACAUACGUUCACACACACGCUGGUGCUGCUGCACAGUGGGGGCAUUUUGGCUGACUGGCGGUCCGAGGGGCUGGACCGACAGCAGCGAGGAUAGCUGGCUAUAUCAAGCUGGCUAGGUUAACUAAGCUAAACCUAACGUUAGCCGACUAAACUAGCUUCUGGGGGGCUUUUCUCACAAGACAUGGAGGCUGAAGAUGCGGACUGUCGUUGGUCUGAAAUUCGUGGCUCGACCGUUACCAGAAGUCACACGGCGUCGGCAAGCCGCUGGCAGGAAUAACGACAUGUUUUAACGAUGUUUUAUCUACUUCAUCUGAACGCUUUCUUAUCUCUAUGAAAAGGACUGCCCGUCUGGAAACGUUUGCUUUAACCCAGGUUUUGCUGGGUACCUUGUUUUUGUUGUAGUUGUUGUUCUACACAGCUCGCUUUAAGACGAGAUAGAAAGAAAACAACAGCCCGGAUUUGUGUUUCCCCCUCAUUCUCUCCCUCACACUGGCUGAACUGUCCACUCGGAGCUGCGUUUACUCCUUUUUUUCCUAAUAUCUGUGGAACAAGGCCUUUCUGCUGUUGGAGGAUUGAUAACUGAGACAGGAAUGAGGAGUAUAUCGACCUUAUUUUGGGGUCUUGUGCUCUGGCUCUUUGCGAGCUGCCCGUGGACCGCAAGCGGAGAGAUCUGUGGUCCUCACAUCGAUAUCCGAAAUGACAUCAGCGAGUUCAAGAAGCUGGAGAACUGUACGGUGGUGGAAGGAUACUUACAGAUCCUCCUAAUAGGAGACAAGAACCACAACCCAUACCAGGAGUUCCGCACCCUUAGCUUCCCCAAGCUCAGGAUGGUCACCGACUACUUGCUGCUUUUCCGGGUGGCUGGCCUGGACAGCCUCAGCAUGCUGUUUCCAAACCUCACGGUCAUCCGAGGACGCAACCUCUUCUACAACUACGCUCUAGUGAUCUUUGAGAUGACCAGUUUGAAGGAUAUCGGGCUGUACAACCUAAAGAACAUCACUCGAGGGGCCAUCAGGAUCGAGAAGAACCCGGAGCUGUGCUACCUAGACUCCGUGGACUGGUCGCUCAUAAUGGAUGCAGAGUUUAACAACUACGUCGCUGGGAACAAGCAGUCGAAAGAGUGCGGAGAUGUGUGCCCAGGGAUAAUGGAAGACCGACCUGAGUGCCCCCGGACCAGCUUUAACGAUAAUUAUAGCUACCGCUGCUGGACGUCCAACCACUGCCAGAAAGAGUGCGCACCCAAAUGUGAUCGGCGGGUGUGUACGGAUAAUAAGGAGUGCUGCCACCCGCAGUGCCUGGGGAGCUGCACAGAGCCUGACAACGACAUGGCCUGCGCUGCUUGCCAGCACUACUACCACGAGGGUCGCUGCGUGCCCGACUGCCCACCAGGCACGUACCGCUUCGAGGGCUGGCGCUGCAUCACCAUGGAGACGUGUGCCCGGGUGCACCUGCCCAGCGAAGUAGACUUCGUCAUUCAUAACGGGGAAUGUAUGCCCGAGUGCCCGCCUGGAUUCACUCGCAACGACAGUCAGAGUAUGUUCUGCAGUGCGUGUGACGGCCUGUGUGAUAAGGUGUGUGAGAUCAAAACCAUAGACUCUGUGGACGCUGCCCAGUCUCUACAAGGCUGCACAGUCAUUAAAGGCAACCUGCACAUCAACAUUCGUCGAGGCAAUAACAUUGCGUCAGAGCUGGAGAGUUUCAUGGGCUUGAUCCAGACAGUGACGGGCUAUGUGCGGAUCAAACACUCUCACACUCUGGGCUCCCUCUCCUUCCUGAAGAGCCUGCGCUACAUUAACGGAGAAGAGCUUUUAGAUAAUGCAUACGCAUUCUCAGCACUGGACAACCAGCACCUGCAGUACCUGUGGGACUGGAGCCAGCACAACCUGACCAUUCGGGCAGGAAAACUCUUCUUUCGCUCCAACCCCAAACUGUGUGUGUCUGAGAUCCGUAAGAUGUGGGAGAAGACAAGUAUCAUUGAGAGGAUGGAGGAAGACGAUAUCCGGAACAAUGGAGAGAGAGCCAGUUGCGAGAGUCAUAUCCUGAAGUUUAAGAACAACCAAACACAGAGCAAUCGAAUAAAGCUCACCUGGGAGCGCUACCGACCGCCAGACUACAGAGACCUCAUCAGCUUUAUAGUCUACUACAAAGAAGCACCGUUCCAGAACAUCACAGAGUUUGAUGGACAGGACGGCUGUGGGUCCAGUAGUUGGACCAUGGUGGACGUGGAUCUUCCUCCAGAUAAAGCAACCGAUCCAGGAGUGCUGCUGUACCCGCUAAAGCCCUGGACACAGUACGCCAUCUUCGUCAAAGCCAUCACCCUGGUGGUGGAGGAUAAGCAUACUCUGGGAGCUAAGAGCGAAGUGGUCUACAUUCGCACCAAAGCCUCAGAACCUUCAAUGCCCCGGGAUGUUCGUGCUUAUGCAAACUCCUCCUCGUCUCUGGUGGUGAAGUGGACUCCUCCCAUCUCCCCCAAUGGAAACUCCACCUUCUACCUGGUCCGCUGGCAGCAACAGUCUGAGGACCGUGAGCUCUACCAGCACAACUACUGCUCCAAAGAAUUGAAGAUCCCGAUCCGAAUCUCAGCCACGGCCCUGUCUGAUGGGGAGGAGGACACCAAGCCCACCAAGUCAGAUGCAGGUAGUGCAGAGAAGGGGGCGUGCUGCCCGUGUCCCAAAACCAAGGAAGAUCUGAAAGCUGAGGCAGAGGAACGUGCCCUCAGCAAGGUGUUUGAGAACUUCCUGCACAACGCUGUCUUCACACCCAGGCCUCCAGAUAGACGUCGUAGGGAUCUGUUUGGAGUGGCUAAUGGUACGUUAGCUCGUGGUUUGGGCCGGAACGCGACCGGGCAGGAGGGCAACAUGACGGACCCAGAGCUUUUGGAACGUGUCUAUCCGUUUUCUGAGUUCACGGUUUACACUGAGUUCACAGAGAUCCAUAAUCUGCAGCCGUUUACCGUCUACCGCAUCGACGUUCAUGCCUGCAAUCACGAGGUGGAGCGCUGCAGCGCCGCUGCCUUCGUCUUUUCCAGGACCAAACCCGCAGAAAAGGCAGAUGAUAUCCCUGGCACAGUGACUCAUGAGAAAGAUGAGAGGGUGGAGGACACUGUUGUGCUGAGAUGGCCCGAGCCGCCUCGGCCCAGUGGACUUAUUCUCAUGUAUGAAAUCAAGUUCCGUCUGGGAACAGAGCCGGAGAAGCAUGAGUGUGUUUCCCGCCAGCAGUACAGGGAGCUGAGAGGAGCAAGACUGACCAACCUGGGCUUUGGCAAUUACUCAGUCCGUGUGAGGGCUACCUCUCUGGCUGGAAACGGCUCCUGGACUGAACCAGUGUCCUUCUAUGUUCCUCCACCACAUCAAGCCUAUGAGAACAUGCUGUAUCUAGCCAUCACUAUCCCCAUCAUAGUGCUGCUCGCACUCAUCGCUCUCAUCAGCAGCAUCAUCUUCAUCAGAAAGAAGAGGAACAAUGAUAGGUUGGGGAAUGGAGUCCUUUAUGCUUCAGUGAAUCCUGAGUACUUCAGCGCUGCAGAAAUGUAUGUACCAGAUGAGUGGGAAGUGUCACGGGAGAAGAUCACACUGUGUCGAGAGCUGGGUCAGGGCUCCUUCGGCAUGGUGUACGAAGGCAUUGCUAAAGGUGUUGUUAAGGAUGAACCUGAGACAAAGGUGGCCAUCAAGACAGUAAAUGAGUCGGCCAGCAUGCGGGAACGCAUCGAGUUUCUCAAUGAAGCCUCAGUCAUGAAGGAGUUCAACUGUCACCAUGUGGUGCGGCUUCUGGGCGUAGUUUCACAAGGCCAGCCCACUCUGGUGAUCAUGGAGCUGAUGACACGAGGGGACCUGAAGAGCUACCUGCGCUCCCUCCGCUCCAAACAGCAGGGAUCGUGUAGCCAGCCCCUGCCGUCGCUGAAGAAGAUGAUUCAGAUGGCCGGGGAAAUCUCAGACGGCAUGGCGUACCUCAACGCCAACAAGUUCGUCCACCGGGACCUGGCCGCCAGGAACUGCAUGGUGGCCGAGGACUUCACCGUCAAGAUCGGAGACUUUGGCAUGACACGGGACAUCUACGAGACGGAUUACUAUCGGAAAGGAGGCAAAGGGCUACUGCCGGUCCGCUGGAUGUCCCCCGAGUCUCUGAAAGAUGGCGUUUUCACCACCAACUCCGAUGUCUGGUCAUUCGGGGUGGUAUUAUGGGAGAUAGCCACCCUUGCAGAGCAGCCCUACCAGGGCAUGUCCAAUGAGCAAGUACUGCGCUUCGUCAUGGAGGGAGGACUCCUUGACAAGCCGGACAACUGCCCAGACAUGCUGUUCGAGCUGAUGCGGAUGUGCUGGCAGUACAACCCCAAGAUGCGACCUUCUUUCUUAGAAAUCAUCAGCAGUAUAAAGGAGGAGCUGGAGCCAUCCUUUCAAGAAGUGAGCUUCUUCUACAGCGAGGAGAACAAGCCCCCCGACACAGAGGAGCUCGACAUGGAAGUAGAAAACAUGGAGAAUGUGCCACUGGACCCCGCUUCCACCCUGGCCCCAGCCUCCACCCAGGUGGCGCAGCCCAUAGCUCCAGGGACUCCCCUGGCCUCAGGCCCCACCCCCUCCACCUCCCCUCCUUCCUCAUCAGCUUCUCCAGGAAUGACCCUGGACAAGCACUCAGGACAGGCAUCUGCCAACGGGCCCGUGGUGCUCCUCGGGCCGGCCUUCGACGACACGCAGCCGUACGCGCACAUGAACGGCGGCCGUAAAAACGAGCGAGCACUUCCGCUGCCCCAAUCAUCAGCCUGCUGAUUCACCCCCAUGUCCCGCUCCCUCACCUCCCUCAUACAGGGUAAUCCAUUGUCCCCGCUCUCUCUCUUUUGGCUAUGUGGUGACAUACUUCUUUUCUUUUUCUCGCCUGAAGAGUCAAACUCGGCAGUGUCGAUAACCAGAUAGACGAUAAAUCGCUACUGUAAAUCAGUAGGUUGUUUUUUUAUUAUUACUAUUCUCUCUGUUUCAUUCACCACAGAAAAGAAUUUGGGAAACUAAGAGUGCGUUGGACAAAAAAGAGGCUGCAUAACGCUCUGGCAAUAUUUAAGAUUACUCACCUUGACAUCACACUGGGGAGCUGCAGCUGGAACCUCUUUUGUAUCAUUUUUUGUUUCUUGUUAUCUUUUUCUUAAAGGAAGUUAAACAGUUAUAGCACAUUCUCUGCCAGAGAGUCAUCUUAAAGAGAGAUCUGCAUAUCAGCCAGCAAGCCCACCACCUGAGCACUUUUUAGUUUAAUUACAUUUUUGUGUGUGUAUGUGUGUAGUGCGCUUUGCCAGGCUGCACAUAUCUUUCUCCAAAAUUGUUUGAUCUUUUUAUCAUCACAGCAGUAGAGAGCACAUCUGCUUGGAUUUCUAUAGGUCCUCUUCGUUACCUGAAUGGUCAUGUUGACCAUUGUCCCACCCAUCAUUGUCUUUCUUAGUCAAUUUCAGAUUCAGACGCGCCUCUAAAGAGACGGAUGGGCCUUUUUGAAACUGCCAAAUGUUUGCCAAAUCGAUACUUUUUAUUUUUGUAUUUAUCAUAAACAUGUUUAUGUUUUCUCCUUACUCCCCAAUGAUUCUUUCAAUUGCAAUGAACUCGCUAAAGGAGCUGCUCUGCUCCCCGGCUCUUCGCUACGGCUCUGAUGGUAUUGACUAUGACAUGUCUGGUCUGGUACUGACGCUGACAGAGCCAUGUCCACUGCAGCCUCAGAGAGAUGGACAGCUUUCUUGAUGCCGUUUCGAAUUAAAACGAGGACAGUGUGGCACCAAACGAAGACAAAUAAACAUGCACCAACUGCUGAGCCAAAUAUGAAGCAUAAGGGAUUGGCUCAGAAAUGAAGCAAACAGUGUGAGGUAGGGGAAUAGCUGGUUUCAGCAUUUGUUUGCAAAGGCAAGUGAGGCAUUGUAUACAGCAGGUAAUUUUUUCUUUAUACUAGUCGUUAGUCUCUAUACAAUUCAGAAAAUUCUAUAAAGGUCUUACAGUUGUAUGUUAGACCACCAGAUCAUUUACACACAUCAUUGGUUUGUGUCACUUUUGAUAACUUUUUUACGGUUCUGAUGUUCACUUCUUUGUCUGUACAGAAAGAAGCUGCUAUUUUAUUCUUUUUUUCUUUUAUGGAUGUUCUGUAUAUAAAUAUAUAUAUAAAUAUAAAGAAAUCCUUCAGGUUUAAUAUUUUAUGAUCUCCACUACAGUCCAUUUUCUUAUGCUUUAUACUCUUCUAGCAAAAAAGAAACAAAACAAAACAAAAAAAAAACAAAAAAAGAAAAA